AUGCCUCGUGCACCCCUCGCUCUACGCCUGUGUCUGCUCUGCGCACUGCUGCCCCUGUUUGUGCGCCCAACUGGGAAGAAAAACGCUUUACAGAAGCUAUCCCUUGCGAAGGCCAUCCAAAGGAAGGGUAGUCGACCCGUCAGGAACCGGAGGGCUGGUCCCAUCCGACGGAUACACCAGGAGGAACCACCGCCACCCAUCCAAUCAUUUGGCCACCCCCAUAAUAGAGGUAACAGAACUAAACUGUUUUACCUAUCUGGAGGGCUGAACAAGCUUGGAAAACUGCGCAUUGUAUUUAGAAGGGUACGUUGUAAUGAUGCGGGUGAGAUGAAGGACGCUCUGGGAGGACCCCCCAAGAGGACAAACCACACUGGCAAAAUUGACCCAUGCGAAAGGGACGAAAACAAAGGAGAAACCAAACCACUCGACUCGGCAAACCCCCAGGAGGACCAACCACAAUCCAUCGACUUUUACAUAACCCAGUAUGAAGACCGUUUGCUGAAACGGCCGAGCAAAAUAAUGGACCUAUCCCCCCCAAGGCAAAACGAACAAACGGAAGGAAAAAAAAAAAAAAAAGAAGAAGCCACCCUCGAUGAUAUCCUAUACGGGGGUCUCCUAAAUAUUUACAAGCCUGUAAAUAUGUACUCCAUGAAGGUCUGCGAGAGGGUGAAACAUGUCCUUAGGGAUCAUUUCAAGCAAAUCUGCAAAAAGAAGUUAAAUUUCAAAGUGGGACAUGGAGGGACGUUAGAUCCCUUCGCUGAGGGGGUCCUAGUUAUCGGUAUACAAAAGGGAACCAAAAAGCUCAGUGAUUUUUUAAAGUGCUACAAAAAGUAUUUGGCCUUAGGCCUCUUCGGGUUGGAGACAGACACUCUCGACAGGGAAGGCAAAGUAGUAAAGAUAAGCAACGAAAUGAUGAAAGGGACACCCCCAAUAGGGGUCAACACCCAUGAUUCACUCAUAUCACAAAAGAAUAUUACACUCACUCUGAGUAAAUUCAUUGGACAUGUGUACCAAACUCCGCCAAUCUACUCAGCCAAGCGGGUCGAUGGAAUGAGGCUCUACGAAUACGCUCGAAAAAAAAUUUCUGUUCAAAUUAAACCAAGUAAAGUACACAUACAGAAGUUAAAAUACUUAAACCAAGUGGACCUCCCCUUUUUUGACUUAGACAUAAAAUGCUCUGGCGGCACAUACAUACGAAGCCUCGUGCGCGACUUUGCACACGCAAUGAACACACAUGCCACGUUAGUUAAACUUAUUCGUGUCCAACAGGGGGAGCACUUUCUAUAUGAGCACUCUCUACAUUACGAUGAUAUAAACAUGGAGAAUAUAAAGAGGCAUUUGAUCAAACUGUAG